GCGAAUGGAGGGCCUGGGGGGCACGAACUACCGAUCGAUGGAAAACCCUACGGUAGAUGAGGCUGUGCCGCGAAUUGCAACCUCCCGGGACCUCUGCUUGCACAGCAAUCGCCCGACACGAUGCUGUUCUAGCCCAUAGCAUUCUCUCGACGAAUUUCCGACGCAUUCUAUUUGAGCGCAGCGAGUGCGCGGGUUCUCGUCACCGAGAUUUCGCUUGAAGUCGGAUCCUUGCUUGUGAAAAUGGGAGCCGCGGACGAAAAUGUGUCUGCCGCUUCCCAAGGUGUUACGCAGGAUUAUGUUGUGAAGCAGCUGUUGGAUGAGCAGCUGAAUAUCGCUGAGCGAUGGCGGGCUUUGUUCUCGUUACGUAACAUGAAAGGGGCAGUGCCGCGGGAGGCUCUUAUUACAGCGAUGAGAGAUGCAUCGAACUUGUUGGCACAUGAGGCAGCGUUUGCUCUGGGCCAGAUGCAGGAUGCUGAAGCUAUUCCAGCUUUAAAGGCGGUGCUCGAGGAUGUGAAUUCUUGCGCUUCUAUCGUCCGGCACGAGGCAGCAGAAGCUCUAGGGGCGAUUGGUGCACCGGAAGGUAUAGCUCUUUUGAGGAAAGCUCUCGUUUCUGACCCUGCUCCUGAAGUUCGAGAGACGUGUGAACUAGCUCUCCGGAGAAUCGAACAGGGCGUCACAUCUACGGCGGGUGAAGUUGAAGACGUAGAUGAGUCACCCUUUUUGUCAGUUGAUCCAGCAGCAGCAGCACCUAGUAACUCGAGCAUUGCAGAUUUAAGGAAGAUAUUGCUCGACGAGCAGCAGGGAAUGUAUGAGCGAUAUGGUGCUAUGUUCGCACUUCGGAAUAGGGGCGGAGCUGAAGCUGUAGAUUCAAUCGUGGCAGCUUUGGGCUGUCAGAGUGCUCUUCUUCGGCAUGAGGUUGCAUAUGUUUUAGGGCAACUGCAAGAUAAGUCUUCAACAGACGCUCUCAUGAAAACUCUGAGAGAUAGUUCUGAACAUCCUAUGGUCAGACACGAAGCUGCAGAAGCCCUCGGAUCAAUAGGAGAUGCCGAGAGUGUUGCUUUGUUAAAACGCUAUCGUGAAGACUCAGAACCAUUAGUCUCUCAAAGCUGCGAGGUGGCCCUGAAUGUUCUGGAGCAUGAGCUUGAAGGAAAGUCACUUGAGUUUCUGUAUCUUGAAUCUACUGCGGCAUAAUGAAGUGGAAUUUGUAUGAGUUCGUCCUGCAAACUUUGGGGUGACCAUCAUGGUUGUGAAAUGCACUUCACAACCAUACUCAUAGCAUGAAAUAUUCGUUCCUGUCCUAAGGUGUUACAUGAUAGCUUCAAUUUUAGUCGUCCGCUGAUCAUGAAGGGACUCGAAGCUAGACCAGUGAACCUUUUUUGUACUAGAAAUUGGGGAAUUAUCAGUUGUCAUUGUUCAUAUGAAAAAACAUACCACCUACAGUGCUGGUCAGCUCCUCUUCAGGUUUCCAAUUUUCUCGUGUGGCUCUCAUCUGGUAUAGAAGUUAAGCGCCAUAUAAGAUGCUUCAGAGCUCCAUGUACCUUGUAUUGUUGUUGGCCCAUGACGGAACGAAUUCGCAGAGAUCGUUUGGCAUGCAGACCUAAUUCGUACAUGCUUCAAAAGCUUUUACAUGU